AGAAAAUCCAGUCAGUUCACACAUCUGUCAGAUUUGGGAUCGAGUGUUUUUACUCUUGCGUUCCCGUGCGAAGUUAAAUUUUCUUUUUUUCGGGAGGAAAACCGCACCGUUUCCUGCCGUUUUCCAGCUUUAGUUUCGCGUUCCGGAUGUUCUCUAGCUAGGGUGGUUUGCAAUUCGCGCGAGAAUCGAUCGUUCGGUGGUGAAAUUUUGCUCGGAUGUGCGAUUAGUAGUUAGUGGGGGCAGUCGCUUUCGUCGGUGGGGGAGUGAGUGAGAGGGGGAGAUAUUGGAACAACACCUACAAAAAAAAAAAAAAAAAAAAAAAAAUCCGCAAGAGGAUCCGUUUUUGAGGGCGAUUCGACAGAGGAGGAAAACGAAUGCCGCAACCGGACCGGGAUAGCGAAGGCAACAACAAAAUGACGAUGAACGACGAUGGCAAUGGGACGGGGAACAACGCCGUGACAAAUUCCACCAAUAAUAACUCCCUUUCGACAACUAACACAACAAAUGGAACCAAUGGAGGAGGAGGAGCAGGAAUGGGAACUCCCGGAACCGGUGUCAACAACAACAACGGAAGCAAGCUGAACAAUCUGGACAAAAGGCCUAGCAGCGGUGGUAAUAAUAAUGGAAGCAGCAACGGUGGAACCAACGCCAGCUCCCGGUUUAUCAUUCCGCAGUCGCACGAAAUCGAAACCCUUCCCCAGCUGAAGGAUUCUCCGCCCAGCGAAAGGGAAGAACUGUUCAUCCAGAAGCUACGUCAGUGCUGUGUCCUGUUUGAUUUUUCCGAGCCCCUCAAUGACCUCAAGUACAAGGAGAUCAAACGGUGCGCCCUGCAGGAGAUGGUCGAAUACCUGAGCAGCCAGCAGCAGGUCAUUACGGAGGCCAUCUAUCCGGAGGCGGUGCAGAUGUUCGCAGUGAAUCUGUUCCGCACGUUGCCACCGUCGUCCAAUCCGAAUGGGGCGGAGUUUGACCCGGAAGAGGACGAACCCACGCUCGAGGCCAGCUGGCCGCAUCUGCAGUUUGUGUACGAGCUGUUCUUGAGGUUUCUAGAAUCGCCGGACUUCCAGCCGAGCGUGGCCAAGCGGUACAUUGAUCAUGGUUUUAUUUUGAAUUUGUUGGAACUGUUCGACUCGGAGGAUCCACGGGAACGCGACUUCCUCAAGACUGUCCUACAUCGGGUGUACGGGAAAUUCCUUGGCCUGCGGGCCUUCAUUAGGAAACAGAUCAACAACAUAUUCUACAAGUUUAUCUACGAAACGGAACACCACAAUGGGAUAGCCGAACUUUUGGAAAUUUUGGGCAGUAUUAUUAACGGUUUCGCUCUGCCGCUCAAGGAGGAGCAUAAGCAAUUUUUGCUCAAAGUGCUGCUGCCGUUGCACAAGGUCAAAACCUUGUCGGUGUAUCAUCCGCAGCUAGCAUACUGUGUUGUGCAAUUUCUGGAAAAGGAUCCUAGUUUAACGCAACCGGUCAUUAAGUGUCUGCUGAAGUUCUGGCCCAAAACGCAUAGCCCUAAGGAAGUGAUGUUCCUGAACGAACUGGAGGAGAUCCUUGAUGUCAUCGAACCGGCCGAGUUCCAGAAGGUGAUGGAGCCUCUGUUUCGACAGAUUGCCAAAUGUGUUUCGAGUCCCCAUUUCCAAGUGGCCGAAAGGGCUCUGUAUUACUGGAACAAUGAGUACAUCAUGUCGCUGAUUUCGGAAAACUCCAAAGUAAUACUCCCGAUCAUGUUUCCGGCCCUGAACAGCAACUCGAAAACGCACUGGAACAAAACCAUCCACGGUUUAAUCUAUAACGCGAUCAAGCUGUUCAUGGAAAUGAAUCAGAAGCUGUUCGAUGAGUGUCACCGGAAAUUUAAAGCCGAAGAGCAGAACGAAAUGGAGAAGCUGAACCGACGGGAAGAGCUCUGGCAGCAGGUGGAAAGUUUGGCUCGGCAGCAUCCGAUCUAUCCGAAGUUUGCCCUCUCCGAUGACGAAGGAUCAGCAGCGAUGGGUUCUGGUGGCGAGCUGGUUCUCGCCGGUGCUACAAACUCCACACAAGAGAAGGACAAAGAUUCGAUCCUGGGACGGACGUACAACAGUAGCAACAACAGCUCCUCCAGAUCGUCACCGGUGAUCCAGCAGAAAACUUAAAGCCGUUCCGGGGAGUUUUUGCUACGUCUUUACAUUUUUUCUGUUUUAGCAAGUACGUUUUUAAAACAUGCGAGAGCGAAUGGGAAAAGUUAGCAAACGAAGGAUAUUUUCUUUUCGAAAGAGCGUUGCGAAUAUAUGUUUUAACAAUGGAAAGAAUAAAAGAUUACUAAUUUAGGUAAAAAUUGAAGCAAAGAUAUGAGUAUGAUCAAUUUAUAAUAUAUAUAUUAAAGAACACGCUAAGCGUUAGCCCUCACGGUUAAACAUCAAGCCGAACGAUGUGCGCUAAUACACGAUAUGUAUAAGAAAGAAACUAGAGAGCUAAAACGUUUUGAUGCUUAACUGCUGCACAGAGAAACAGACACAAACUCGUUUAGUACAGUUUAGGGGCUAGCAGCGACCAACAGAACUCUUAUUCUUCGUUUUGGCGAUUCAGUUCGCUCAGAUAGAAUCACUUUGCAAUUUAUAAAGUCGAACAUUUUACUCUUUUUUCUUUACACAUAUAGUUUAAUGACAAGAAAAGUAUGUUGUAGUAUAUAGGUUCUUUUGAAUAUUGACGAAGGAAGCAAAAAAAUCUACUAUUCGAUAAUUAUCAGUCCCUACUUCAAACUUUACUCUUUUAAGGCCUGAAACACUCUACCUGUACUAUUUUACUGUUAAAAACCGAUUCAUGCAAACAGCAAAUGCUCUAGAAAGUAUAGAAAAUGGCACACGAACACACGAAAAAAUUCUCACACGCAAUCCAACAAUAUGGAAACAAACCCAGAAGUAGUCCAAUCACUGUAUGUAAAGUUAUAAUUUUACUCUGAGACAUAAAAAUAAAUAUGGAUUAAUUUAUCUUCAUUACCCGGAAUCGAUCGUGCGGUCGGUGGUUCCAUUCCGUCUGGAUGCUGGAUUCUCUUCUCCAUUUCCGAGUGAAACCACCCCGAACGAUGAUACCGUACCCACUAACAAAUAAAUUAUAUAUCUCGUUCGUUACAAUUGUAUUAUUUCUGUAACUGUGACAGAAGACAGAGAGAGAGAAAACCACACAAAAAUAAAGGUGAAAUGCAACAUAAUUCCAAAUGUUUCUGUGUAAUACCGAUUGGAAAGGAAAAGCGCGCGAGAGAGAGAGAAAUGAGAUCAAAGUCGAACGAUGGAAAAUGAAGAUAAUUGUUAGAAAUUUUCACUAAUAAAAACGGCAAAAUUAUUACAAACACAAA